ACUUUCUCUCCUCUCUUUCUCUCGCUCUCUCUCACUUGUUCCUCAUCUCUCAGUCUGUUCUUAUUCACUUCUGUGUAUGGGCAAAGCGGGAUAACAUGGACACUUUGGGUCUUUUUAUGCUUCUAAUACUUCUGUUUUUCCAGUGGACGGCUGCCCUUGCUGCUGAGGAAAUCACCUGGACUUACACUGGCUUAGUCGGCCAGAGUGAGUGGUCAGAGUAUUUUCCAGAUUGUGGUGGUACCUCACAGUCUCCAGUUGAUGUGAUAACCACCCAGGCUAAAUACGACCCCAGUUUGAUCCCUGUGACUCCGCUGGGCUACAGCCAGCACGGCAACCAACCCUUCACUAUGUACAAUAACGGACACACAGUGGUGAUUGAACUGCCAGAAUGGAUGGGACUCGGGGGGCUGCCGUGGCUCUUUACAGCCGUACAAAUGCACCUCCACUGGGGCAGUGACGGCCCAAGUCCCGGAGGCAGUGAACACACCAUUAACGGACAGAGUGCAGAUGCAGAGCUCCAUGUGGUGCACUACAACUCUGAGCUCUACCCAAACAUGUCUGCAGCGAUGACCCAGAAAGACGGUUUGGCUGUUUUAGGAGUUCUCAUUGUGACAGGUGAGGAGACAAACCCGGCGUUUAACAACAUCCUCGACUACCUGAGUCGCAUCAGGCAUGCAGACCAGAAAGCGUUCAUCCCAGCCUUUGACGUGCAGUCUUUGCUUCCUGAGGAUCUUGGGCGAUACUAUCGAUACAACGGCUCCCUGACAACACCGCCGUGCCACCAGAGUGUUAUCUGGACCCUUUUCCAUGAAAGGGUUCAAAUCUCAGUAGCCCAGCUGCUGAAGUUGGAGAAAAUUCUUUACUCCAGUAAAGCUGAAGAACCAGACAGGAUGCUGCUGCAGGACAACUACCGUGCAACACAGCCACUCAACCACAGAGUCAUCUUCACCUCCUUUUCUGCAGAAUCGGGGAAGGAGCUCUCUUCUGGAGAAGUAACAGCCAUAGUGAUAGGAGUGAUGUGUGGCUGUGUAGGCCUGGCGGUUAUCGUUCGCUUCAUCGUGAAGACAAUACGAUUUUUUAAACUCCUCCAAUUUGAAGCAGUCGUGGUAAACAGCUCUACCUCUAGCUGGGAUGUCCUGCACAAUAACCGGCCUGCUCCCAUGCCAAGGACAAAGGAUUCGGAGAAGGAAAAAGAGAAAAAACAAGACAUGGCUAUGAACUCGACUUCAGAAGCAGAAAAGAAAGAAGAGCCCUCGCUGUCACCUCAGAGUGUGCCCUAGCUCACAGCAACAUCAAACACUGUCCCUCUCAUCAGUGAGUUUAUUGCUGAUCCACAUCUCCUCAGGGGAGAGGAAGCAACAUGUUUUUACUUUAUCAUUUACAAAACGCUAAAAGAAAAAGAAGAAGGAGCAGCUUAUAAAAAAAAGCGAAGGGACUUGGACACAGGAGAAGCCACCUGCUGCCCGGACCAUUUCUGUCUGGUGUAUGACAUUUCCUCAGUUUGCACAGGGAGCAGUUGGUGUAAAUAUGCAGUUUUGCUGGGGUUUUUUUUUCCAGGUAUGGCUCAUGCGUGGCUGGACUAUAUGACUGACUCAUGUAAAUACUUUGGGGGAUAAAUAUUCUGUUGUUUUUAUCACAGUGGGGCGGUAUUUUAUCUCGUUCACUUUGUUCUUUGAACUGUAAGCACACGUCACUUGGCACAUUAAUAAUCUUAAUUAAAACGAUUUUAUUUUUCACUAAAACCUAAGAAUUGAAGAAAAUUUGAUAACAACGCACACGAGAGCUGAAUCAGGUUAGAUUUGUAUUAAAUAGACGAUAUCGGAACAUUUCUGGCUCUGAACUGGAUUUGUGGCUCAGCAGAUUUUGUUGUAAAUCAGAUUUAUUUAUGUGCAUUUAGUUAUUCCAUCGAGGGUUUGGGUGCUAUACGUCCUCUUUAUGUGUUUGUUUUCAUCUAACUUGUCAACAUGGACACCACAUUAAAACACCUGAAUGUCAAACUUGCCGAUUCUUGAUUACAUAUGACUGCAUGUUAAUAUCUGGCUCGCAAAGUGGUUUUGCAUGAUUGCAUGUGAUCAAGUAAGGAGUGUUGAGAGCUGUGGCAGUUUGAGGACGCUGCUGAUGGUCAAAGGGACAAGCAGGUGAUGGAUCUGGGACACUAGAGAGAUAACUGUACAAUCUCUAAACUGUCCUUGAGUGUUUCCUCUGAAGUAGAACAGUCUGGUGAGGAAUGUCAGAGAACCAGGGUAGCUUUCGUGAGCACAGAGGUGAUGGCCUGAUCCCUGGAAGGGCUGCAGGAUGACCAGAGCUGAGACCCAGGUGAAGAGAAACCACACCCAAACUGAUCCAUAAUAAAUACACACAUUCAUUUUUAUAUCUUAGUGAGGACAUCUAGUUGACAUAAUGUUUUCCCUAUUCACUUACCUUAACCCUAGCCAUAAAAAGUGAAUGCCUAACCCAAAAUGUCAUGGCCAUUGUGUGUUUCAUCUGAGAUCAUGAGAUAGAGCAGUGGGCCAGGACAAAACUGUUCAUGAUGCAGCAGAGCCACGUGUCAUAUUCAUGU